UCUGGGUCAAAUCGUCUGAGACACACUUCUAGUCAGACCAUGGCCAGCUAUGCUUUAUAAUCGUUGUAAGCUGGCUUCUGUAGCUACCCUGAAUUGUGUAUAAGUGCAGCCAUAAUUCAAUUCCUUAUCUGUAUUAGCCUGCCUCCACUGAUGUGAACACCAUGGUGGUUGGGACCAGACUGAGGGCUGGUAGUUUACGUUAGCCGAAUUUAUUGGAUGAUUUUAUAGUACAACCUCGGUCUUUAAUAACAUGUUCUUUUCCCAGACAGAACAUGGCUAUAAGACUGGGGACAUGUCUGAUUCUUCUUCUGCUGAUGAACGUGACGGAAAGUGGACUAUCAUUCCCAAAGUGUGACAGCGUGUGUCCAACACCCAGUGACUAUCCUGACAGAGACCUCGGGAGUGUUCCGCAAAGUCUUCCCGCAAGUGUCGACGGACUUUGCUUAGAUGACCACGCUAUUGUAUCCUUGAAGCAGUCUGACUUCUCCAAGUAUACAAACAUAAUCUUUAUUUGUUUACGUAGAAAUAGUAUAACGAACAUUACAAUUGGUACAUUUCCAAAUCUGACCGAGCGUUGGCGGCUGGACCUGACCUCCAACCAGAUAAAUAGCAUUCAAGCUGGGUCAUUUUCAAAUCUACCCCAGCUUAAGGCGUUGAUUCUGGCUUUUAACCAGAUAACUAGCAUUCAACCUGGGUCAUUUUCGAACCUACCAAGGCUUGUCAGGUUGGAUCUGCCCCACAACCAGUUAACUUGCAUUCAGCCUGGCGUAUUUUCUGACUUACCAAAGCUUCUCACGUUGGACCUGUCCAACAACCAGAUAUGUAACAUUCAACCUGGGUCAUUUUCUAAUCUUCCACGGCUCAGCAGAUUGGACCUGACCUCUAACCAGAUAUCUUGCCUUCAACCUGGGUUAUUCACGAAUCUACCAGGUUUGAGAUGGUUGCUCCUGUCCAUGAACCAGAUAGAUAAUAUUCAGUCUGGCACAUUUGUAAAUUUGCCCCAGCUCGAGUGUUUAGGUCUGAACUCCAACCACAUAAGUAACAUUCAGAACGGCAUAUUCUUAAACCUACCCAAACUAAAUACACUAUUGCUGGAUAAAAACCAAAUUAAGGUACUGCCAUAUAAUUUCCUGAUGUUGAUAACAACUGUAAACCUUAAGAAUAAUCCAUGGCAGUGUGACUGUAGGAUGGUUCCGAUCAGACAAAAGAUGAUUUGGGCUGUUGCCAGUCAAAUUAGGUGCAGAGAGCCUAGCAGGUUUUGGGGACAAAAGCUUACAGAUAUAAACCCCGAAGAUCUGCUCUGUGAAGAAGCUAGAAUUGUGAGGUUUGAAGUGGUAGGAGGAAACAGUACAUUGGUAAAGGAGGAGACACUCGUUCUGGUCUGUGAAGCUUCAGGAAUCCCCACACCAGACAUCACAGUCACCCUCCCAUCUGGACAGAAUGUAACUGUUGAGUCAGGUGGGAGGGUGACUGUGGAUGUGAAUGGUACCAUCGCCAUAACCAAUGUUACUGCAGCAGCAGAUGCUGGUCUGUACAUCUGUAUUGCAGCAAACCCUGUUGGCUCCACGACAGCUAAACAGGUUGUUGACGUUCAGAUGCUAACGUCAGCACACACCAGCACGUCGGUGCUGGUCUAA